AUGAGACUCCAAUUGGCUACUCUAGUGUCAAGCCAAUGGCGUACACCACCUAACACCCUAGCCGAAUACACCAUCAACCAAGUCAAUUACUUGGACUUCUUUGAUAUUUCCUUUGUUGACGGAUUUAACGUGCCAAUGGAUUUUAGUCCCACCGGUAGUUGUGCCAGCAGAAUUCGUUGCACCGCCGACAUCAGUGGCCAGUGUCCAAAUGAGUUAAAGGCACCCGACGACUAUAACAACACAUGCAAGGCAUUCAAGACGGACAAAUACUAUUGCAACUCUGGCAACUUUGGCCCUACAAACUAUUCUAAGUUUUUCAAGGAAAGGUGCCCCGAUGUAUAUAGCUACACUAACGACGAUGAGACUAGCACGUUUACUUGUCCCCGAGGAACUAAUUAUCGAGUGGUCUUUUGUCCCGAAGCAACAACAUUUUCACCUUAA